AGACCCUCUCUCACUCCUGUCUUUUUCCCGCAGUCCCCCUGGUCACCCCUGAACCCUCUCAUCUCCGCUGAGCUCCCCUGAUAUUCCCUCAGCGCUCCGCAUCUCCCUUGGUCACCCCUCAGCCCCCCACAGCCCCCUCGGCUCUCGCGGACAUGGAUGACGAACCCGAGCGGACCAAGCGCUGGGAAGGAGGCUACGAAAGAACAUGGGAAAUUCUUAAGGAAGACGAAUCCGGGUCGUUGAAAGCAACCAUCGAGGACAUUCUCUUCAAGGCAAAGAGGAAAAGACUCUAUGAACACCAUGGACAAGUUCGGCUUGGAAUGAUGCGUCACCUUUAUGUGGUUGUUGAUGGAUCAAGAACAAUGGAGGACCAAGACUUAAAACCGAACAGACUUACUUGCACCCUGAAGUUACUGGAAUAUUUUGUUGAAGAGUACUUUGACCAGAAUCCUAUUAGUCAGAUUGGCUUAAUUGUAACCAAGAGUAAAAGAGCGGAAAAAAUGACAGAACUCUCAGGAAACUCAAAAAAGCAUGUAACUGCUCUGAAGAAAGCGGUGGAUAUGAGCUGUAGUGGAGAGCCUUCGCUAUAUAAUUCCCUAAAUUUGGCCAUGCAGACUUUAAAGCACAUGCCAGGACAUACAAGCAGAGAGGUUUUGGUAGUCCUCAGCAGUCUGACGACAUGUGAUCCGGCCAACAUCUAUGAUCUAAUUAAGUGUUUAAAAGCAGUAAAGAUCAGAGUAUCUGUCAUCGGUCUAAGCGCUGAAGUUCGAGUUUGUACAGUACUUGCCCGAGAAACUGGUGGAACAUACCACGUUAUUUUAGAUGAAAGUCAUUAUAAGGAACUGUUGAUGCACCAUGUUAGUCCUCCACCUGCCAGUUCAACUUCUGAGUGCUCCCUUAUUCGAAUGGGUUUUCCUCAGCAUACUAUUGCUUCUCUGUCUGAUCAAGAUGCAAAACCCUCCUUCAGUAUGGCGCAAUUGGAAAAUAACAGUGACCCAGGUCUUACAUUGGGUGGCUAUUUUUGUCCUCAGUGCAGAGCCAAAUACUGUGAGCUUCCUGUGGAAUGCAAAAUCUGUGGUCUUACAUUAGUGUCUGCACCUCACCUGGCUCGGUCUUACCAUCACUUGUUUCCUUUAGAUGUCUUUCAGGAAGUUCCACUGGAAGAAUACAAGGGGGAACGGCAUUGUCAAGGCUGCCAGGGAGAAAUAAAAGAUCAAAAUGUGUACCUAUGCAAAGUGUGUCAGAAUGCAUUCUGUGUGGAAUGCGAUCUGUUUGUUCAUGAUUCCCUGCAUUGCUGUCCUGGCUGUAUUCACGAGCACCCUGCUCCUGUAUCUGUAUGAUCUCAUGUAUAUUUUUUUUGAUUGCUGUAUCUUUGUCAAUCUUGCAUGAAUCUAAUUUGUUUAUUCAGCUUUAACUGACACACCUCUGAACAAUAAGAUGAUUACAGAGAGAUGAACAGUGGAGUAGGUGCAAACUGUAAUGUUUUAAUGAUUUUAUUACUAUUAAUAUAUACUUGAAUUACCUGUAUCUAUCGUUUGUUCUUGUCUAAAGAGCUAUGGCUUUUUCCAGCUGGUAUUAUAAUAAUGUGUAUAUUUGUAAAUGUGAAAGUGAUAAAACUGGUUUUUAUGAUAAUGUGAUAAUUAAUCUUGGUUUCAUUACUUGUUCAAAAAGAAGCCCUGAAAAUAUAUUUUACAUAUCUGUUGUUACGAACUUUUGGUUUUGGUGGAUGGUGGAUUUGGUGGAGUAGAUCAAACUAUUCUUCUGCAAGAAUUUAACAAAGAUGUUUCUGAGCAAUUAACUGGUAGAUAUUUCAUUUAUUAAUUUCAAGUAUUAUGAGUAUUCACCUUGGCUUUUGGUAAGGCAGCUCAAAUACAGCUGUUACAAAUGGUCUGAAAACACAUUUUAGGUUUUAAUGGUGCAACUUGACGCUAACUGAAUUCUAUUGCUCCCGUGUCUGCAGCUGUCUGGUUUAAGUUACAGUUUCUGGGAGAAGGGUAGGGUUGCUGGGGCAAGACCUGAGUUAAUACAAACUAUUGUUUGAUGAACUCAGUAUUGAAGACAAAAAGAUCUGCUGUUUGGUUCUGAGGCUACACUGAAUCGACAGAACUGCACGUCAUCUUCUCUCCUUGCUAAACCCCUAGAGCAACAGACAGUAAGGUGGGUGCAGGAGGGGAAGCGUCCAUCCUUUCCUGAACUUUGAAGAACAGAAAUUGAGACAAAUUCAAAGCUGCCAUUCUGCAGUGUCUGUUCAAAGUGUGUUUGCAGCUUGAGCCUGUGAGAAUUGUAAUGUGCGACACCCCAGUAAAAGGAGGUUACAGGUGCAGGUCUGAAGCAGUACAUCACAAUGGAUUUUCUUGAGUCACCUUGUGAUGAUUGUAAAUACAUCAAUGACUGAA